AUGCUGCAGCUCGCGGUGGGUCGCUGCGCUUGGCCCCAGCUAGAUUCCUGUUUGGUUCUACUAUGCCUAAGAAAGCCAGUGCGUCGAGCAAGGCCAGUGGCAAGACUCGUGGUAUGGAGAGGGUGGGCCACGGGACUACACCGGCGAGGAACGGAAGCCGCGCCUGGAGAGCAAGAGACCUUCCUUACAGCUUGUUAUUGUAGUCCAGGUCUGAGACUUUGUGGACCGCACAUUAGCUCGCCUGAGGACGGCCAACUCCCAACCCCUUCCUAUGACCCAGCACAGGCUCCCCCACGUGCUGGCACCUUCUCUAGAGCCCAAGCCCUGGCUGCCUUUCUCCGCGCAGGUAAAAACCAAACCAAGGAACCAGAGACACCAACUCCUCCUGCGGGGCCUGUGGCAACUGAUCCUAAAGGUUUUGUCACCAUAGCCAUCCAUGCGAAACCCGGCUCCAAACAAAAUGCUGUGACAGAUCUGACCACUGAGGCCGUGGGUGUGGCGAUCGCAGCACCUCCAUCUGAGGGGGAGGCAAACGCGGAGCUCUGUCGGUAUCUUUCCAAGGUCUUAGAACUCAGGAAGAGUGAGGUGGUUCUGGAUAAGGGUGGUAAAUCUCGGGAAAAGGUGGUGAAGCUCUUGGCCUCUACGACUCCAGAAGAGGUCUUACAGAAACUGAAAAUGGAAGCUGAGAAAAAGUAAAGGCGAGAAAUGACACUUAACAUCCUUGAUGGGUUUUCAUAACAGUAAAGAGGUGGCCGCAUAGGAAAACAUACAUAAGUGCCCA